GUUUAAUUCAUAAGAAUAAAACUAAGGAGUUAGGUAGAGAUUUGUUUCACAGCUGUAAAGUGUACAUUGGUAGCUACCAGAACUGUGUGAUGGUCCAGGGGGCCGUGCAGGCAGCAUUCAUCACCAUGCUGAACAAGUUCGUUGGAGGGCUGGUGGAGUCAGAGGAGGCUGUGGUUGAUGAUCAAGACGAUGUGCUGGCCGACUUCAAGCCUAACAGUAAAGCAGUGCCUACAGCAAACUUGAUCAGUGAAGUGGUGCUCAUUUUGACAUUUUUGACUGACCGGCUUGAGGUUGUGGCCAGUGUCCCUGAAGGCAAGCAAGCUCUGCCUCUAUUGCUGGAAGGGGUGAACACUGUACUCGCCAAAGUUCAGUCCACCAUCAAACACAACAGUGACUUCCAGGAGCUUUUGUGGCAGAGACUUUGCCCAUGCCUGAUCAGCUUACUAGGCGAACCCAAGGCUGAGAAAUCCACAGGAAGUCAGAAAGCAGGCUGGUCAGAAAUCAGCAGAUCUACGGGGAAGUCAACUUCGUCUCCUCAUAUAACGCAAGCUUCAGCUAAAGUUAUCUACAGCAUUGCUGGCGAGUUAGCGAGUUUGGUUGGCAGUAUUCCACCUUUAAGGCCCGUGCUUGAAUCCCUAUUUCACAAGAUACUAAUGUUUCCUCUUCCUCCAAACCGCCAUGAUGCCUUGCGGGUACUGAAAGAGGUAAGAGG